UUCUGCCCCCUCCCUCCUCUGACCCUUUCCAGCUUGCUCCCUUCCUACCUCCCUCCCUCCCUCCCUCCCUCCCUUUCUUACCUUACCCUCUCACUUUCUUCCUCUUUCUGUCAUUUCCAGGUUGCCACUUGGUCACUGCAGACAUAAUGGUGAGUUGAAUAAGAGAGUUGGGUAGCAUGAACGUUGAUGUAAGCUUAUAUCUGCAGGUUUUCAACAUUUCUAUUUGAAGUAAGCGUUCUUUAGCUUUUCUGCAAAGUUUUUCCUAUAAUUGUGUGAUAGUUGUUGUAUGUUAAUGCAUGAUAAGUCUUCAAAGGUUUGCUUGGUCUUGCUCUGCAUUUUAUUACAUUUGAUAAAUUGACUGAAUCGUUUUUUUCAGUAUUUGGCAAUCAAAUGCAAUUGAGUGCAACAGGCUUGUUGAAAUACAAGUGAUAGACGUGAGGAAUGAAAGAGAGCCCAAGACAGGGUGGCAGAGACUGAACGACGAGGUGGAAUGGAGUGAGACUGCUGAGCGAUUGCUGUAGAGAGGAAUGGGGAGAGAUUGGAGGGAAAGCAGCUGCGACUGUUCAUCGCGGAACCUUUACAGUUCUGCUUGUUGUCUGUGAGAGAGAGAAAGUGUCCGAGGGUCUGUGCGUAUCGUGUUAAAUUUAGUGUCAAGUGUGAUUUACAUAGGUUACAGUGCAAGUAAUGCUGAGCGAGAGGUGGGGCUGUGUUUUCUGCGGUGCCAAUAAGUAUUUAUAGUUUCAUUGAAUGUCUUAUACAGGCAGCAAACUACUGGAGCUCUACAAGUAUAUGGUGGUGGGAAUUAAACAGUAGAGUAAAACCCUUCAGGUGUGUAGGUCAUUAGAAGAGAAGGUAAAUAAACAUAUCUGGUGAUGAUGGGCAAAUAGAGGGAGAGAGGGGUGAAGGAGGGAAGAGGACAAAGAGAGGGUGACGAGAGUUGAAGGAGAACAAGUGGACCGUGUGUAUUGUUCUCACGUGAUUGCACACCAAACAAUGCCGUUGCUGUGUAGGUGAUCGUUUUGCAUAAUAAUGCAUGUGGUUUGUUUGUGUGUAUCGUAUAUAAUCUGAGCGCCCACACAACCUGUUACUGAAGUAGAGAGAGCCACGGAGAAUUUAACAAUGCAAGUUCAAUGAUUUAAACAGCUAACUCAUAAAUAUUCUAAGAUAUAAUUUUCUGUAAAAAAAUGUAAUAAAAAAAGAUAACUUCAAACAUUGUUUUUUCCCUCAAGGAUAAAACUGAUUUGAUUAUCUUCAUACCCAUAUAAACCAGAAGAUAGAUAUCUUAGUAUUUAACCUCUACGGGAUCGGUGUCCCUUAUACGGGACGGUUGAGCUAAUGUGCGCUAAUGUGAUUAGCAUGACUGUUGUAAGUAACAGCAAACUUUUCAGGACAUAGACAUGUCUUAUAUGGGCAGAAAGCUUAAAUUCUUGUUAAUCUAACUGCACUGUCCAAUUUACAGUAGCUGUUACAGUGAAAAUAUACCAUGCUAUUGUUUGAGGAGAGUGCACAACAACAACAAAACUUAUCACGACAACUGGUUUGAUACAUUCACCUCUGAAGGUAAAUAAUGUACUUGCAUUCAGUAAUCUUGCUCUGAUUUAUCAUCCUAAGGGUCCCAGAGAUCAAAUGUAGCAUAGUUUUGUUUGAUAAAAUCCAUUUUUAUAUUCAAAUGUAGGAACUGGGUUCUACAGUUUGAACCCCUGCUGUCUCUGGCUCCACACCCACCCCGCCCGGCCAUCUAGAUGUGUGAAAGUUAGUGUAUAAGCUAAUGAUCCAUCAUGUAUGACAUUCCUGGGAGUGUGUAAACUUACAUUUUGUAGAAUCAUAUCAUGUUUGUAUGUUCUCUAUAGUUAUGUACUUGAACAUUUAUAAAUUGUCCAAUUCGGCACAUUUGGGCAGACUUGAUACAAAAUAGUCCAGUAUUGCAAUGCUUCACUGGAUCAAUCUGAAACUUUGCACACACGCUGCUAUCUAAAUUGCGCCUAAACUGCAAUAUUAUAUUGUGGCCUUUCUCUUGCAUUUCAAAGAUGAAUACGCAUGUUUUUUUGUUUGUAUUAUAUUUUACCAGAUCUAAUGUGUUAUAUUCUCCUACAUUAAUUUAACAUUUCCACAAACGUCAAAGUGUUUCCUUUCAAACGGUAUCAAGAAUAUGCAUAUACUUGCUUCAGGUCCUGAGCUACAGGCAGUUCGAUUUGGGUAUGUCAUUUUAGGCGAAAAUUGAAAGAAAGGGUCCGAUCGUUAAGAGGUUAACAAAGUUUGCUGGCCAACAUAUUAAUCAAUGCUUUGUUGUAAUAAAUUCCAGUGUUUAAAGUCCAUAUCUCUCUGUGUGUGUGUGUGUGUGUGUGUUAAUGAAUGGGUGUGUUUACUACGUGGGCGGGAUGUACACGCACAGCUGUCAGUGGCAUGUGUUUAACAGUAUCGGUGGCACUCUGACAUUCAUGUUCCUCUCAGACAGUGUUUGGUAACACUUUUCCUUGAGGGAAAAAACAUUUACAUCAAGGAAAAACAGUUAAUGGAGGGUUUGUAAAUGGUUUAUAAGUUGUUACAGACUAUUAAUUAUUUGUAGAUAGUUUAUAAAUCAGUAGUAACCUGUAAUGGCUCAUUGUUCUGGCUCAUGAUCACCAUUUUAUCCUCUUUUCUCCCUGAACAUCCAUCUGUAAAGUCAUUUUACAACCCCUUCUCUUUCUCCUUCUCUCAACAUGUAAAAUUUCAACAUUGUUAUUAUGUCUCUCACACUCACCCUGUCCCCCACAGCUCUCUCUCAGCUCUCUCCCCAGCACCGUUGUCCCCAGCCUCCCCUCCUCUCCAGGAGGAUGUGCUACUGGGGGACCAAGGGUAUGGUCCUCCAGCCAGGAGGUGGCGCUGUUCCAGACCCUGCAAGAGGCUCUGAGGGAGAUCGACCUGCCUGAAACACAGGACCUGCCACAGGGUGAGACCCGGGCUACGAUCACCCGGCUGAAACGUACAGGAUGAUGCAGAUAGAAAUGUACCAGGCUAGAAAGACACCGGACGCUGUUUAUUACAAUCCCUAUGACAUGGGAAUUGUGGCUGCUCUAUGACCUUACCUUUCUAUCUGCAAUGCUCUGAAUGUUUGAACACCAGAGUUAAACCUAUCACAAACACUGGAUCUUAACCUGCACAGAGUCACCCAGACCAAGUGAGUUUAGUACUAUAUGUCAAUGGGCUACUAGGUGAACAGGUGUGUUUCCGUUUACUCUCACCUGGUCCAAAAACAACCCCUAGGCAAGAUCCUAGCCACUUCCCCUAGCACCUACCCAUUUAGUGUUUGCAGACGGGAAAGGGCCAGAGGGCUGUGGGGGUGUAAGCAAUAAGGUUGUGUGUCCUUCAAUGAGCAAUGAUGACCUUCUGCCCCUAUAUGGUUGUUUUUGGACCUAACUUUUGUAUUGGCUAACAUUCAUUAACUACUUUCUAUUACAUAGUGAAGGGCUGCACUGAUGCAUGGGGAAUUUGACCUUGUCACUAAUGGCUGUUGUACUGUUUUCCUUCUCUUCUAGGUAUGAGUCACUCUGAGCUGUGUGUCUGCGUUUUGGGAUCCCCCCUCCCCUACCUCUCUCUGCUGUUGGAGGUAGGCCAACGGAGCCCAGGUACGCUAGCAGAACACAGCCAGACAGGAAAUACAACCGAUAUAUAAAUCACUCCACUUUAUUUAUACUUUGGUACUUUAUACCAACCAGUACCAGCAUUUGCUAACCUGUAGAAAUCUGACAGUGAAUCGAUGUAAAACCCUAUUUGGCCAGAGCAUCAGUCAAAACAUACACCCUUCCUUUCAAAGUAGGUGCCAAAGUGUUUUCCAAGAGGUCUUCCAAGUGUUCCUUAGUGAUUCCAAUAAUGGUGUUAGCUUGUACAUGGCUUUCUUCACCAUCUAUGGACCUCAAAACUUUGCCUUGCCAGAUCGCCGGCAAAAUAUAUGUUGGAACGGUAUUCCUUUUAUGGGAUUCAUUGGUGUCAUUAUCAAAUAACAUAAUCGCCCCCUAGAGAGAAAAGCUCUGAGUCUAACAGUAAUAGCUCUAAUUUUAGCCUGAUGGCCAAACGGUUGAGGGGAAAGAUCACUAGUGCAGGUUGACAUUUAAUGAGAUUGUCACUGCCCUUCCUGACUCUAUUUAUACAUAAAUAGUAAUUCUAUUUCCUGCUUUGUCUCUCUGUUAUGACCAAUACCAGAUUAAAACACUUUACUUCAGUGGUGGAGAGGGGGAAAAAAUGAAAAAAUAGUUCAUUUUACAGGUGAAACGAUCGCCUCUAUGACUUUUGACCUUUUUCUAUGGAAAUGUUUAUAUGUCAAUGAUAUUUCCAGUUUUCUAGGUACGUCAACCCCCCUAUAUUUUCAUGGAAAGCUGUGACCGGUCAAGAAUCUUUCUCUCUCUCUCUCUUACCCCCAUCCAAUUUCUCUCUACUUCACUUUCCACAUCACCCACUCCUUCUGUCCCUCCCUCUUUCUCUCUCUCGUUUACCUCCCUCGGUCUCUCUCUACCCCAACCAUUCCACUCUUCUCUCUAGGAGAUGCUCUCCUGUGUCUUUCUCCGUCCUGGCUCUCUCACUCCUCCCCCUCCCUCCUGGUCCACAAGGCUGUCACCUUUGACCUGGGAGGCCGUACUUUCCUCUCCAACUUUAACCCCCCUCGCAGGGUCACCUACUUCCUGUCAUGUGACCCUUGGGCUGAGGAGGAAGUGACCCGGGAGACAGACUGCCCAAGCGGAGGUUCCGGCGCACUGGGUCGGUUCUGGGGGGAUGUUCUAACCACCAGGGUUCUACUGCAGAAGGCCAAGAUCCACUGCCCCCCGACGCUGGCCCUACUGUUGCCCCCGGGGCAGAUGGGACUGGAGGAGGGCAGGACAGGAGGGGUGGAGGUGGUGCACCUGGAAAUGGGGGCAGAGGGAGGGAUGAACUCCGUCCGAAACAAGGUGGACUCUUUCCUGGAGUCUGAGGAUAUGAAGGGAUCUGAAAGUGUAUGUCCUGUUUGUUAGAGGAUAUUUUAGUCAGCAUUUGUGUAAAUGUACACAUUUCCUCAAGCUUUCCUUUUACUUUGUGUAUAGGUGGUGCUCAGGUGCAGUGGUGGAAGGUUCGUGGGCGAGGCAACCUCACCCCCUGUCUACCUGUCCAGGAACAAUAGGGAUGAGGUCUGGGCCAAGGUAGGUUAUCUCCUGCCCCAGCUCCUCCCUGGAGAGGCAGUACUGCUGGAGGUCUACUGCUCCCCACUGAAGCCUGGGCCGCGGGUAGAGGACCGCACCUGGGAACGGUACACCGGUGAGGGCUUUGAGUCUGGAACAGAGGGGGGUAGUUCGAGGUUUAAGGACCUUAUUUUCAUGAUUAUUGAAUGUGUUCCUCACAUGAUAUUGAACUUGUAAGGACUCUAGUACAACGUAAUGUACUACGGCCGUUACCAUAGAUGAUCCUCCUGGUGUUUUCAUAGUGAAGUAGUAGAUGUUGUGUGUGUGUCAGACUGCAGGCCUCAGGUUCCAGACCUGUCCUUCAGACUGUGUGCCAUCGUAAGUCGCUCACCUCUGGACCUGCCUCUCCUCUACAAGGUGAGCGAAAGAGAGAGAGAGAACGAGAGAGAACGAGGUAGGAGAGAGAAAUGAAAUGUUGACUGUGCAUCACAAUUUGUAUUGACCCUCAAUACUGUAAACCUAUAGCAUGUGUAUAUAUAGCUCUGUAAAUUUAUUUAACUCGGGAAUGUGAGACAAAUUCCUGUAAAAGACCAAAUACAGUGGCUUGCGAAUGUAUUCACCCCCUUUGGCAUUUUCCUAUUUUGUUGCCUUACAACCUGGAAUUAAAAUUGUAUCAUUUGAUUUACACAAUAUGCCUACCACUUUGAAGAUGCAAAAUAUUUUUCAUUGUGAAACAAACAAGAAAUAAGACAGAAAAACAGAAAACUUGAGCGUGCAUAAAUAUUCACCCCCCCCCCCCCCCCCAAAGUCAAUAAUUUUUAGAGCCACCUUUUGCAGCAAUUACAGCUGCAAGUCUCUUGGGGUAUGUCUCUAUAAGCUUGGCACGUCUAGCCACUGGGAUUUUUGCCCAUUCUUCAAGGCAAAACUGCUCCAGCUCCUUCAAGUUGGAUGGGUUCCGCUGGUGUACAGCAAUCUUUAAGUCAUACCACAGAUUCUCAAUUGGAUUGAGGUCUGGGCUUUGACUAGGCCAUUCCAAGACAUUUCAAUGUUUCCCCUUAAACCACUUGAGUGUUGCUUUAGUAGUAUGCUUAGGGUCAUUGUCCUUCUUGAAGGUGAACCUCCAUCCCAGUCUCAAAUCUCUGGAAGACUGAAACAGGUUUCCCUCAAGAAUUUCCCUGUAUUUAGCACCAUCCAUCAUUCCUUCAAUUCUGACCAGUUUCCCAGUCCCUGCCGAUGAAAAACAUCCCCACAGCAUGAUGCUGCCACCACCAUGCUUCACUGUGGGGAUGGUGUUCUCGGGGUGAUGAGAGGUGUUGGGUUUGAGCCAGACAUAGCGUUUUCCUUGAUGGCCAAAAAGCUCAAUUUUAGCCUCAUCUGACCAGAGUACCUUCUUCCAUAUGUUUGGGGAGUCUCCCACAUGCCUUUUGGCGAACACCAAACGUGUUAGCUUAUUUUUUCCUUUAAGCAAUGGCUUUUUUCUGGCCACUCUUCUUUAAAGCCCAGCUCUGUGGAGUGUACGGCUUAAAGUGGUCCUAUGGACAGAUACUUAAAUCUCCUCUGUGGAGCUUUGCAGCUCCUUCAGGGUUAUCUUUGGUCUCUUUGUUGCCUCUCUGAUUAAUGCCCUCCUUGCCUGGUCCGUGAGUUUUGGUGGGCGGCCCUCGCUUGGCAGGUUUGUUGUGGUGCCAUAUUAUUUUAAAAAAAUUAUAAUGGAUUUAAUGGUGCUCCGUGGGAUGUUCAAAGUUUCUGAUUUAUUUUUUAUAACCCAACCCUGAUCUGUACUUCUACACAACUUUGUCCCUGACCUGCUUGGAGAGCUCCUUGGUCUUCAUGGUGCCGCUUGCUUGGUGGUGCCCCUUGCUUAAUGGUGUUGCAGACUCUGGGGCCUUUCAGAACAGGUGUAUAUAUACUGAGAUCAUGUGACAGAUCAUGUGACACUUAGAUUGCACACAGGUGGACUUUAUUUAACUAAUUCUGUGACUUCUGAAGGUAAUUGGUUGCACCAGAUCUUAUUUAGGGGCUUCAUAGCAAAGGAGGUGAAUACAUAUGCACGCACCACUUUUCCGUUAAGUAAUUUUUUUCAUUUCACUUCACCAAUUUUGACUAUUUUGUGUAUGUCCAUUACAUGAAAUCCAAAUAAAAAUCCAUUUAAAUUACAGGUUGUAAUGCAACAAAAUAGGAAAAGCGCCAAGGGGGAUGAGUACUUUUCUAGGCACUGUACAUGAACUGAAAUGUUUGUUUGAAAUCAAUGACCUUUUCACUAACUUCUCUCUUCUUUCCCUCCCUCUCACGUUCUAUCCCCCUCCCUCAGUUGGUGUGUAGAGUGGGUGUGUCCGACGCCCCUCUCUCUCACAGCCACUCCCUCUCUCAGUCCUUGGAGAUCACCCUAUUAGAGUGCGGUUUCACUGACCCUACCAUGGCGACCUCUCUCCGUCGCCUAGCAACGGACACCGCCCUGUCCUGCCUCUGUGUUGUCAUGGAAACAGAGUCUAGCAUGUCUGCGGAACUGCGCGGUGGAGCGGGCGCCCAGACCGACAUGAUAGGUGUGUGUUGGCUCACUGCCAAAGUUUUCCCUCUAAGGUAGCAUGAAGCCGUCUGAGUUUAUCUAUAACUUGAUAAGGAUUACUGCAGAUCCAUGUCGAAGCCUCUCUGAAAGCAUGGGUAUACUUAUGGCAUCAUAAGUUUCACCCUCUGUCAGCACUCCUUUGUCUCACUGAGCUACUGUCUGACCCUUCCACUCCCUCUGUAUCUCUCUACCUCCAUUCUACUCCCUCUCUCCUAGGCGUAGACCUCCUCUUCACCAUGGAUGGUUACAUCAUCAGCCCUGUUGUUCUUGGCCUCCACCCCUCCCUCUGUCUCCGCUCCUCCUUCUCGGACCGAGGGAUGGGGAUGGAGAUGGAGGGAUGUGACAGUGGGAUAGAGGGGUGGAGUAGGGGCACCCUCCUCCUCACCCCCCUCACCCGCUCCCAGUACUACCUGAUGCAGGGGAAGACUGUGCUGGUGGUGGGAGCUGGAGGACACAGCAAGAAGUUCAUUUGGGGAGCAGCCAAAAAGUACAAACUCAAGGUGAAUGUCUACAUUGGGAAUUAACUAGUGAAAGUGAAUAGAUCGCCUCAACAGACUUUUCAGCCAUUUUAGAAGUGCAUUUUACUGCAGUGCAAGUCCGAUCAAAUGACACAUUAAUGGUUACUGGUUAGCUAGUUAUGCUAAUGUGCUGAACUGAACUCACCAACUCCCUCCCCUCCAAUCAGAUCCUGCUGGUGGACUGUGACCCCGCCCACUUCGCCUCCCAGUUGGUCGACCACUUCCUGCCCCUGCCAGACCUGCCCGACCACCGCCGUGACGACCAGCACUGCUCCCGCAUCUGUGAUUGGCUGUUGUCCUCCGGGCUCCGCCCUGAUGGCUGCGUGUGCUUCUGGGAUGACUGCGUGGUGCUAACGUCUCUGGUCUGUGAUAGGCUGGGGCUCAGGGGACCUCCCCCCGAGGCCAUCCGCAUCGCAAAGGAGAAGAGCCGCACCCACAGGCACCUCCAGGGCCUACUAAAGUCUACUGGGACUAACUUGAUCAGUGUUGAGCAACCCUCCGGUCAGGCGGAUGGCCUGGUUGAGUUUAGAGAAGGUGAGAGGAGAGGAAGACAACAGAACGGUGUGGUCAACGGCAUGGUCAACAUGGAAGGAGAUAGCAUGAGAGCUAUGGCCGAUUUUGACAGGGGGGAUCUCUUCAAUGAGGCAAUGGGCAAACCCGGCACUACCACCUCUACCUCUUCAUCCGCCUCAGCCUCCUCUUCCUUCUCACAGUCCUUCGGCACUUUCCGGCCCUCCGCUCCCCUCCUUUCUCCCUCCCCUUCUUCCUAUGCUGUUCCCUGUAUCCAUGUGGAGAGCGCCCUGGAUCUGGAGAAGGCAGCCAGUGGUGGGGUGGGGGGGCUUGGUGGGGCCAGUGUAGGGGUGGUGAGGUUCCCUGCCAUCAUGAAGCUGGAGUACGGGGCCGGGGCGGUGGGCGUGAGGAAGGUGGGCUCUCUGGAGGAAAGCCUGGCACACUUUGAGAGGAUUGGAGGGGACCUCCGCGAGGAGACAGACUACCCUGGCAUUGGCCUGGGAUGGGGCAACGCCAUGACCCUCAUGGAGUACGUGGGAGGCACAGAGCACGAUGUGGACGUGGUCCUGUUUGAGGGGCGACUGGAGGGCGCCUUCGUGUCCGACAAUGGCCCCACCCGUGCCCCGGCCUUCACCGAGACGGCCUCCCAGAUGCCCUCUGGGCUGGCGCCGGAGAAGCGUGCUCAGCUGAUCCGCGCGGCGCACCACGCCUGCCUGGGAUGCGGCCUGCAAGACGGCGUGUUCAACGUUGAGAUGAAGAUGACGGAGGUGGGCCCGAGGCUCAUCGAGAUCAAUGCCCGCAUGGGCGGCUUCUACCUGCGCGACUGGAUCCGGCAGCUGUAUGGCGUGGACAUCCUGAUGGCCGCCUUCAUGGUGUCCUGCGGGCUGCGUCCGUGCCUGCCCUCGGCCACAGCGCUCCCAGCCAGAGGCCACUUUGCUGGGGUGAUGGUGGUGGUGUCACAGCACCUCCAGGCCCUGAGAAGCACAGCCAGCCCUGAGCGCCUGAGAGGGCUGCACCAGGAGGGGGCUCUAUGGCUGAACGAGCUGGCUGAGGAGGAUGAAUUGAUCUCUGGGGAGUACGAGGAGCCCUUCUGUAAUGUCGGGGUGAGAGACGCCCACAAUGCCGCCAACGCUCGCCAGCGCCUCCUCGCCCUCUGCCAGGGGCUGGGCCUGCACUGUCCUCCACGCUACGACCUGGGGUACUUCCUGUCCCACUUCAAC